UCAUGGCAGUGAUUUAUAUAACAAGAGAAAAAUUAAUUCGCAUCGUAAAGGUUUUCAACCAAGUAUUAAGUUGAAGUGAACAUGACACCAACCGCAAACUAAUAAGACAAACAGUUCCUUGUUGUAUCCAGCAAAAUCACUACCAUGCUGAUCGAAUACCUCAUAAUCUUGACUUUUACAUUCAGUACAGCUUCAGGUUCUGGUCUGCAUGGACCUUGUGAGGGGAACGAGCAGUGCGGCACCCUUGAUACUUACUGCAAGAAUGGUAUUUGCGUGUGUAAAGAUGAUUUCGUCGUAUUUUAUGACCACUGUGUCCAACUUGCCACUCCCCACAUCCAGUGCAUGCAUAAAUCAAACUGCAUCGCGAUUCUGGGACAAAAAGGUUUCUGCAAGAGUCACAAAUGUGUCUGUAAAUCAUUCCAUCAUUUUUAUAACAAUCAGUGCAUCAAGAGCAAAGGUUUGGAUGAACAGUGCGACAACGACCACCAGUGUUACUGUGGGCAAGACUGCAACGAUAAAAUCGAAUGUGCAAAGGGCAUAUGCGCCUGCAAAUACGGGUUUAAAGUGUAUAGGCGAAGAUGUAUACCAGAUGGUAAUGUUACUAACGUAAUAUCUUCACUGCCUUCAUUACCUUCUAGUAUAUGUAACUUGAAACCAGAUUCUACUUCUAGACUGUUACCAAUGAUAUUUUUUAUAAUAAAGUUCUGGCAUUUGUAAAA